AUGUAAUUACUGAUCACCACAAUCACAAACAAUAGGAUGUUUAAGUUUUGUGAUUGUUCAAUAAUUCUGAUGGUUUCCACUGACCCAAAGUUCAUUGACACAGUUUUCUGCAGGUUUUCUGUGCAGGAAUAUGGCAAGUUUCGUGUUAUGCCUAUUAGCGAAGCUGCUGUAGCACUGGCUGAAAGCGGAAAAAUUGGUGCCUUAAAUUUGCUGUUUAAGCGUCAUCCAUAUUCUUUAUCUCCAUUUAUGUUGGAAAUUUUAUCUGCCAUCCCAGAAACAGUUCCUGCCGAAACAUAUGUGCAGCUUCUUCCUGGGAGAUCUCCUCCUGCUGGUGUUGCAGUGAGGAAAGAUGAUUGGGUUGAAUGUGAGAAGAUGGUUUGUUUCAUUAACACAUCAGUUGAAAGCCAUGACAUUCAAAUCCAAGUCAAAACUGAACCACUUGUUAAACAUUUUCUUGGAACUUUUUGGCCAUCCAUUGAUGAGCUCACCAAUUGGUAUAAAACAAGAGCUAGAUUCAUGGAUGAUUUCAGUGGGCAGCUGGAUAAUUGUUUAAGCUUUCUUGAGUUUGCUCUUCACAAAGGUUUAUCUGAGUUGCAGCAAUUCCAUCAGGAUGUCCUAUACUUGUAUCAAAUUAUUUAUUCUGAUGACAGUGAUGGCGAAACAAGCUCCAAUAUGAGUCUUGCCAAGUGGGGAGAGUUGUCGGACUAUGAUAAAUUUAAAUUUAUGCUUAAGGGAGUCAAAGAGGAGAAUGUAAAUGAAAGACUACGCAAUAGAGCUAUUCCUUUUAUGCAUGGAAAGCUUCACAUGGUAUCUCUAAGCGGAGAUAUUAGUCUUCUUGAUUCUGCAAAUCAAAAUAUAGAGAAAUCAUUUCUGGUGAGAUGGUUGACAGAAACUGCUUUGGUGAAUAAAUUGAACAUAUGCUUGGUGGUUAUUGAGGAAGGGUGCAGAAACUUCCAAAGUAAUGCCUAUUUCAAAAGUGAUGUUGAAGCUAUUGACUGUGCUUUGCAAUGCAUAUAUUUGUCCACAGUUACAGAUAGGUGGAGUACAAUGGCAUCCAUUCUAUCUAAAUUACCUCCGCUACAUGGUACUACAAUUCAAAUAGUGAACCUUGAGAGAAGACUUAGACUUGCUGAAGGUCAUAUUGAAGCUGGGAGACUCUUGGCAUUCUACCAGGUCCCAAAGCCAUUAAACUUUUUUGUGGAGGCUGAAUCAGAUGAGAAGGGUGUCAAACAGAUCAUUCGCCUUAUUUUAUCUAAAUUUAUUCGCCGUCAACCUAGCCGAUCUGAUAGUGAAUGGGCCACUAUGUGGCGUGAUAUGCAAUACUUGAGGGAAAAAGCAUUUCCUUUCCUGGACCUGGAGUAUAUUUUGGUUGAAUUUUGCAGAGGGCUGCUCAAAGCUGGGAAGUUCUCUCUUGCAAGAAAUUACUUGAAGGGUACGAGUUCAGUUUCUUUGGCAUCGGAGAAGGCAGAAAGCCUUGUCAUUCAAGCAGCUAGGGAUUACUUUUUCUCAGCUUCAAGUCUUUCUUGUUCAGAAAUCUGGAAUGCUAGAGAAUGCCUUAACCUAUAUCCAAAUAGUGCAAAUGUCAAGGCAGAGGCAGAUAUUAUUGAUGCACUUACAGUUAAGCUUCCCAACCUUGGGGUGAACAUUCUGCCCAUGCAGUUCAGGCAAAUAAAGGAUCCUAUGGAGAUUGUGAAAAUGGCAAUCACAAGUCCAACUGGAGCAUAUUUUCAUGUUGAUGAACUUAUUGAAGUUGCUAGACUUCUUGGCCUGAGGUCUGCAAAUGAAAUAGCAGCUGUUGAGGAAGCUAUUGCUAGAGAAGCUGCAGUUUCAGGUGAUUUGCAAUAUAUAUAUUAUUUUUUUUUGCUUUCCACAUGUCAUUCAUAUCCAUAUAUAAUUAGAGCGUAUUUCAUCUUUUUUGUAUACAUAUACACUUAAUAUAUGAUCGUUUUCUGAACUUGAGUCAUUUUCUAUCUAAGAUUUUUUUUAUAUGAUAGAACAAGAAACAAAAAUGCUGGAACAAAUUCUCGGGAUGAAACUCACACAAGAGACCAAGAAAUUAAGGCAGGCUUGUUUUAAAGUUAAUUACAAAAGGAGGAAACUUUUGGCCUCCAAAUCUUAUUCAUCAUCACUUAGCUAAGUUAAGCUACUUGUCUUGUAUAUUCAUAUUCUAAGUAGUAAAAACAGCACCUAUUAGAUGAUUUAAAUACAUUAUUAGAUAUUAACAUACUUUAGUGAACUGGAUGGUAGAUUUGACUAAUUAGUGUUUAUUGCAAAUUUGCAAUGCUUGUAUUUUGGUAAGUUUAGUAAGACAAGGUUUUGUAUAGGAGUUAUUACUUUUGAUUUUCAAUAAUAAAAAAUUAUAUAUUA